CAAUCGCGUGACAUUUCACUCCUGCGUGCUUACUCCGCGAACGCGGACGCCGGCCGCCGGGUACGAACUACGGGUCGACGGUGGACGUAGUGACGUACGUCCGCGUGUAUUCGCACGUGUCUCCGCGAGCGAGGCGCGUUAACGCGAGACGCGACGUGUGUGUCGCUCACGCCGCACUCUGUGCGGUGAAACUUAACCACGACGUCGCUCCUGGUCGCUCCGGCGCGGCGAUUCCACGCUACGGAAAUCUCGUCAACGGAGUGAACACAGCCACCGACCGCGCGCACCGCUACAGCGCCGCGCAAAAGUCGCCGCGCGCCGCAGGCGGUAGUACAGUCCGCGUGGAAAGUUUACCCGGCGGCGCGUCGACGGUUCUACAGUCCCUCGCGAAAGUUUCGCCGGUUUCGCGUCGCUCCGGAGAAAUUCGCGCGCUUCGCGGAUUAUUUUGAAUCGUGCGAACACGGCGCGUUGCAAUCCCUUUUCCCGUUUUCCACGCGAACGACUGUAUAUAGAUAUCUUUGAGAAUCGUAAUACAUUUAUUCGUGUCGCUUGAAAUCCCCAAAAAUAUUUGUAAAAGGAAAUUAAUGUAUAUUCAUGGAAAAAGAAAAAACGAAGAUUCUAAACAUAAAAAGCGCAAUACGAACGGCAUAAAAAAAACAAACGAAAUAAGAACUUGAUCGUAUGUACUUUGCGAAACAAUCCAAGCAUAAUUACUCAAAUUUAAAAUUUAAUAUAAAAGAUCGUCCGGGAGACAAAAAAUACACUACGAUCUUGCAAUAAAAUUCUGCUUCGAAAGCAACACUUGAUCUGGAGACACUGGGAAACGGCCCGCGCGCGAUUGUUACUCGCAAGGAUAUCGAGACACUGAGACAACAUGGGCAACUCCGCCUUGAAGAGGCACUACGAGACCGCGGAGAAGACCGCCACCCUGAAGUUGUCGCAGUGCAAGCUGGACAAGUUCUCGCGGAAACUCCACGACCUGGCGCCGACGCUGCGCACCCUGGACCUGUCCGAGAACAAUUUCACGACACUGCCGAACGAGAUCGGCGACUUCACGCUGCUGAAGCAGCUGAACUUCAGCCAUAACCGAUUAACCGCUCUGCCCGGCACGCUGGGCGCGCUUGAGAAACUCGAGGGCCUAAACUGCGCCGCGAAUCAGAUCAGAUCGAUCCCGUCGUCGCUGGGGAAUCUGAGCCACUUGAAGCAGGUCAAUUUGUCCGACAAUCAGAUCUCCGACUUCCCGCUGAUGUUCUGCGGCCUCAGGCACCUGGACGUCCUGGAUCUGUCCAAGAAUCGGCUUACGAUAGUGCCGGACGCCGCCGCCGGCCUCCACGUGAUCGAGCUUAAUCUUAAUCAGAAUCAAAUCGCCACCAUCUCCGAGAAGCUGGCGGAUUGUCCGCGAUUGAAAACGUUGAGAUUGGAGGAGAACUGCCUACAGCUGAGCUCGGUGCCCAUCAGACUCCUCAAGGAUUCUAAGGUCUCGGUGUUGGCGCUCGAAGGAAAUCUCUUUGAGAUGAAGCAGUUCGCGGAGCUGGACGGUUACGACGUGUACAUGGAACGCUACACAGCGGUCAAGAAGAAGAUGUUCUAAAGAAUAGUUUUACAUUGGGAAAGAAAGUAUUGUUUGUAUUAUACGUAUGAAAUUGUUAGGUAUUGAAGUUACCAAACUGUCGAAUGGAUAGCGUCGAAGAGAAAAAGAUUUAAUUGUAUGGCACUUUUGUGUCAUCGAUUUAAGAGUAAACAGCCGACGUAGAGAUAUUUAAAGUGAUUGAGAGUAUUUUAGAUCAGAUUUACAAGAUGUCACAAUUUGGAAAUGUUUUCUUUCUUAUACGUGUAAAUCAAACUUUUUUUUGUGAGAUAAAUCAUAAUAUCUGUCUUUAGACUGUUUAUAAUGUUUAUAUCUACGCCAUCUAUAAAUAAGCGUGAUUCAGAAAUACACAUCGAUCUCUUUGUCGAUAAACGUUAAUGACCAAAUUAAAUAACUUUUUGAUUUUUGAUCACUGGUAUUCAAAGGGACAGUCAUUGUAAAUAAUUAUCUCUUUGUUAUUUUUUUGAAAUGUUAUUUCUUUAUUUGUCGUAAGUCUGAAUAUCUAUACGCACGAAUAUAUGUAUAUGAACAUGUACGUUUUCAAAUAAUGCUCUUACACAG